UUGGCCGAUCCAACGGCGGGGGAAAUCCGCCGGAAAUUAAAGCCGGCGCCGCGAGCGUGCGGGCGUGGCGCGGCGUGCGAGUCACGUGACCCACGUGCCAAACUGCCUCUUAUAUCGCCUCCUCCUCCUCCUCCCCUGCCUCCGGCGAAGCGGCCGGCGGCUGAGGCGAGAUUCGCGGCGACCACGUCGGCGAGGAGCGCGAGAGUGGGGGCCCUCCUCCUGUCCGCCGUCCGCAUUCUCGUCGUGUCUGGUUUGAGCUGCUGCUGCUGCUGCUGCCGGUGGGAGUUGGGCUGCUUGCUUGCUUGGUUUGAUUGGUGGAGGUGGGAGGAGUACUGGAGUAGGCGAGUAGCUGUGGGUUGGGGUCGGCGAGGGAUCCGGGCGGCGGGGUAUGGGGAACGCGAGCGGCAAGGAAGGGGAGGAGAACGGCCACGUGGCGGCGGGGGCCGCCGCCGGAGUGGCUGGCUCGGCGGGGGCAGCGGCCCGGGCUCCGCCGCCGCUUAUGCCGCCGGACGCCGUGAUGCGGGAGCUGCCUCCCCCGGUGCCCUACGUCUUCACGCCGCAGGUUCCAGUAGCCCCACUGCAUAUACCUACUGAAUUUUCUCCUGUUUUCAACAAUUCAUGGAUAAAUGAAUCGGAUGAAUCCACCAAUAACCAUCCCCAGGAGAAGGGAAUUCCAACUUUGAUCUCAUGGAGUCAAGGAGGAAAUGAGGUGUUUGUGGAAGGAUCAUGGGAUAACUGGACAUCAAGGAGGGUGUUAGAGAAGUCUGGGAAAGACCAUACCAUAUUGCUAGUUCUGCCAUCAGGGGUAUACCAUUACAGGAUCAUCGUCGAUGGGGAACCGAAAUAUGUCCCUGAACUACCUCAUGUGGCUGAUGAGGGAGGGCAGGUUGCCAACCUCCUCGAUGUCCAUGAUUAUAUCCCAGAAAGCCUGGGCAGCGUGGCAGGAUUCGACUCUCCUCCGUCGCCUGAACACAGCUAUGAUCUCCAGCUCCCAGGUGAUGAGGAGUUUGCCAAGGAGCCACCUAUACUGCCACCUCAGCUUGUAAUGUCUGUUCUUGGUGAUACUGAUAACUCUGAAGAACAAACUCUGAAGCCAAAGCAUGUUGUCCUCAACCACCUGUAUAUCGAGAAAGGAUGGGGAUCGCAGUCGCUGCUUGCUCUUGGAGUCACUCACCGGUUUCAAUCCAAGUAUGUAAGCUUCGUGCUGUACAAGCCGCUGCGAAGGUCAUCCACGGCGAAGCGAACAAAGAAUGGUGGUUAAACUCAUGGUAACUGACAAUGUACAUAAGUGAAAUGCAGGAGGUCUUGUUGUUUGAUGCUGAUCAAAGCAAUCAACUUUUUUUUUAAUUUCUCUCUUUGUUUCUUUAAUAAGCUGUUGUUGUAGCAUGAUGUUUUAGAAGCCUGAACUCUAUGAGAAAAUGAGUCAAGAGAGGGAUGAAAAAAAAAGAGAAUAUCCCUCUAUGCUUACCUAAUGUCAGUGUGCAAAUUUGUGUGGUCUGA